CCUUGCUUUAUAGCUACGUGUUUGGUGCGUAUUCGGCCCUUUGUUGUUCUGACUAACCCUGUGAAUUCCAGCCUAUGACGCACGCCUAGAUUUGCUUCUGCGUAUGUAGCGCUUUUAUGCGGGCUCUGAAUUUUCAGAUGAUUUUCAUGAUUGUCCAGACUAGAGUUAGGGCACUUCCGGAUCCGGAUGAUGGAUUUGGCAUCAGGUGUACGGUUCACAAAUCGCCGGGCCACGGAAAGAGGAUAAGUAUUCUUUAAGGCACGCCACGAAUUAGCCUGUCUCAACUCUUCAUUUCUGGACAUUCACCUCCUCACUUGCUGCCUUCUGUAUUUGUAGGCGACCCCUUGGGAAUCCGUCCCACUAUCAUGCCAAAAACUGUGACGAUAGAUGAUGGCUAACUUGCCGACCCCGAAGGCGGUAACGAUCAUAACCACAGGAUGGGUGGUUAUUCUUACCGCUGGUGCAGUAAUAGUUGCAUCCCUUUAUCUCCGUAUUAAAAUACAAGGGAGAAGACUACAAGUUAGCGACUACUUCCUCUGUCUCGCUUGGUUGUCCGCAGUUGCAAAUGCAGCCUUCGAUAUUCCAUUUGCUGUAAUGGGCGCCUUGAAUCAAAAUGUCAAAAUCAAUCUCGACGGGUACAAUGCCAGCGAUGACGAUGUCGAGUUGGUCAUGAGAUUAUACUGGGCCAGCAGCAUACCCUUUUUCACCUCAUUUUAUCUCUGCAAAGGAGCCCUUUUGGCUAUCUAUUUUCAAAUAUUCCCCGUUUUCAUGCUUCAUCGACGAAUGCUCUUGUGGGUGACAACACUUUACUGUGUCCUUGCAUAUAUCACCAGCAUCUUACUUCUUUUCACAAUAUGCUUGCCUUUGAGCAAAAAUUGGUCUAUGGUGGAUAGUGUUGUUGGUACGGAGAAUGUCAUGUGCUCAGCAUCUUCACCAGCCAUCGUGUUCCAAGUUGGUUGGGCCCUGCACUUUUUUGCAGAUCUUUUGUUAUUCUGUCUCCCCUGGUCGAUCAUCCCUGACUUGAAAAUCAGGAGGAUGCUGAAAGUUUGCGUUUACUGUACUUUCGGCCUUGGCAUUAUCAAUAUGACUUUUUCACUUGUCAGGUUCAUAACGAUCCAAACUGCACCAAUUGAAGCAUUGCCUUUUGGCUUAGUUGAACUGUGGAGCGAUCUUGACGUCAACGUUGGUUUGCUGGUAGCUAGUUUACCAUCCUUGAGACCAUACUUCCGAUCAACCCGAGGGGCAGCCUGUUCGGGUAAGUCGAAUGGCUACAACUACAAGUCGACCAUAAAUACACCGAUGCACAUCACGCGUAUGAGUAGAUUCGAUAUGGUCAUUCCUUCGAAUCUGAACCAGAUCGCUGAUCAGGAGCAUAUUGCGGCGAGCUUGUCCGCCACAAAAUGACAGAUGUCUAACGUGGAAACUAAAAAGUGAAAACAUAGUGUACAAAAGAGAACAGCAAUCAACGUAACCAAUCAACAUUACUUAAUUCAAAAGUAAAUCUAGAGCUACUAGAUGUCAGAGGGGUUACAGUACUAAGUAGAGGAGUCUAUAAAUAGUGUAGUUAGGGGUUAAUUAUAACUAUUUUCUAAUCUACCUUCUCCUAAUUCUCCUGUUCCUAUAAACUCUGCUUUUAUAUAACCC